AUGUCUGCCGAAGAAUACAAAGCUCAGGGAAAUAAGCACUUCGCUGCAAAGGAAUUCGAUCAAGCAAUCGAACAAUUUACCAAAGCAAUCGAAGCGUCGUCGUCUCCAAACCACGUUCUCUACUCCAAUAGAUCCGCUUGUUACGCCUCUUUGAAAAACUUCACAAAGGCUUUAGAGGACGCAGAAAAAUGUGUGGAAAUCAAUAACUCGUGGGCUAAAGGCUACAACCGUGUUGGAGCUGCCCAAUACGGUUUGGGAAACUUCGAAGAUGCCAAAAAGGCAUACUCCACUGCUUUGGAAUUGGAUGCUUCCAACGCCAUGGCCCAGAGCGGCUUGAAAGCUGUAGAGGACGCUGAAAACGCCAGAAACGCCCAGCCUGAUUUAGGUUUGGGUAAAAUGUUCAGCGACCCUAACUUGAUUACCAACUUGAAGAACAAUCCAAAAACUGCGGAGUUGAUGAAGGAUCCUAACUUGGUGGCUAAAUUGUUACAAAUCCAGGCCAACCCACAAGCAGGUAUGUCUACCAUGUUAAGUGACCCAAGAAUGAUGACAAUCAUGGCCGCUUUAAUGGGUAUUGACUUUGACAUGCCCACUGACGAAAAGACUCAAGAGAGUUCCGCUGAUUCCUCAAAACCACAACCUAAGGCUGAACCUAAAUCAGAAACUAAGCCCGAACCAAAGGCUGAACAAAAGGAAGAGGCUAAGGAUACAGAGGACGUUGAAAUGGAAGACUCUUCUAAGGUUGAGGCCGAAGCAGCAAAAGCUCAAGGUAACACAUUGUACAAGCAAAGAAAGUUCGACGAGGCAAUUGAGCAAUACAAUAAGGCAUGGGAACUUCACAAGGAUAUAACAUUUUUGAACAACAGAGCUGCUGCCGAAUUUGAAAAGGGCGAUUAUGACGCUGCUAUCGCUACUUGUGAGUUGGCUGUGGAAGAAGGCAGAAGCUUAAGAGCUGAUUAUAAACUCAUUGCAAAGUCAUUCGCCAGAUUGGGUAACUGUUUCUUGAAGAAGGAUGACCUCGAACUGGCUGCUAAGUACUUUGAUAAAUCUUUGACUGAGCACAGAACCCCAGACGUUUUGGCUAAGUUGAGAUCGACCCAAAAAGAGAUCAAAGUGAGAGAAGCUGCUCUGUACAUUGACCCAGAGAAGGCCGAGGAAGCUAGAUUGUUGGGUAAAGAAUAUUUCACGAAGGGAGACUGGCCAAACGCCGUUAAGGCAUACACCGAAAUGGUCAAGAGAGCUCCAGAUGACGCUAGAGGCUACUCCAACAGAGCCGCUGCUUUGGCUAAGCUAAUGUCAUUCCCAGAUGCUGUGGAAGACUGCAAUAAGGCUAUUGCUAAGGACCCAACUUUCAUCAGAGCUUACAUUAGGAAAGCCAAUGCUCAGUUGGCAAUGAAGGAGUACUCGCACGUUAUUGAAACAUUGACAGAGGCCCGUGAGAAGGACCAGGAAUUGAAUGGAGGAAAGAACGUCGCUGAGAUUGAUCAGUUGUACAACAAGGCUGCUUCUCAACGUUUUUCUGCCAUUGAAGGUGAAACACCAGAGCAAACUAUGGAGAGAGUUUCAAGAGAUCCAGAGAUCGUUUCUAUUUUGCAAGAUCCAGUCAUGCAAGGUAUCUUGGGCCAGGCUAGAGAGAAUCCAGCAGCUUUACAAGACCACAUGAGAAACCCUGCCGUGAGCAAGAAAAUUAAUACCUUGAUUGCUGCAGGUGUCAUUCGUACCCGUUAA